UUUAGGACCGUUCCGCGACCACUGACGAGGGCGUGUCCGGAGGAGAAUCUUUGACUGUGGCCGUCGGACAGUCAGAGACUAUGUUGGGUUUGCCGUUUCAAUCUCCAUCUAAUCGGAGACAAGACACCACACCAUGGUGGCGUUUGGUAUUGCUCCUCUUUAUUGUUCCUUGCACACUCACACACAUGCGCUUUUUGGUUUUGGUCACUCACACACUCACACAGUCAAACGUGGGAAUCGAACUCACGGUGUCGGCACCAAUGUUCCCUCUUAUCUUUCAAGUGUAUAGUGUAAGUGUAACAAAUAAAUGAAGAAAACCAGGAAUAGAAAAAUAAUUAGAUAGAUGAAUGAAUAGAUAGAUCAAACAAUCAAUCAAUGAAAUAUUGUCAAUAAUUUACCGACCGACACCAGAGCUGUCCCAUCUCGUUGCCGCAAACAAGGUCAAAACCAACGUCAAGUGGAAAGAAAACUUCACGUCACUUGGCUAAACACAAAAUACGGCAUUAGACGCAGAACAAACAACAUGUACAGCUAGGCACAUUCAUACGUAGAAAGUAAGAAUAGAAUGAUAGCACAAAAAAGUCAACACAGUUGGAUGUCAAAUGACAAGUGGUUCGAGAUUAACCAAAGCACUCAGAAACUGAUCGGCGAACCACCAAAGCGCAAGUUUGUUCAGAUACGCUGGGGCUCCAUUCUGGCGGUGGUCCCGAUGCUCCUCUUGGUCGUGCUUGUCAUCCAAAACAUCGUCUUCUUCCACUUGAACAGGCCUCAGGACAUCGUCAAAGAGUUGGGCGAGCUGGUGGCGACUUUGCCCAACAGCAUCCCGGACCAGAACUGCACCGACUUAGCCUGUCACUGGGCGGCGCUGCAGACCGCAUUGGCACAGCUGAAGGCAGGUCAGACCGCAUUGGCAGAGCUGAAGGCAGGUCAGGAGGCAUUGGCAGAGCUGAAGGCAGGUCAGGAGGCAGGUCAGACUGCAUUGGCAGAGCUGAAGGCAGGUCAGGAGGCAGGUCAGACGGCAUUGGCAGAGCUGAAGGCAGGUCAGGAGGCAGGUCAGACGGCAUUGGCAGAGCUGAAGGCAGGUCAGGAGGCAGGUCAGACGGCAUUGGCAGAGCUGAAGGCAGGUCAGACGGCAUUGGCAGAGCUGAAGGCAGGUCAGGAGGCCGGUCAGACGGCAUUGGCAGAGCUGAAGGCAGGUCAGGAGGCCGGUCAGACGGCAUUGGCAGAGCUGAAGGCAGGUCAGGAGGCAGGUCAGACGGCAUUGGCAGAGCUGAAGGCGAGUCACACCGCAAUUCACAGCGACCUGGAGGUGGGUCAGAGCCUGCUGGCCAAAGUCUGGGAGGAGAUUCGCAGCAACAAAGGGCUUCUGAAUCAGAUACUGAAAGACCUAGAGACGAACUACAAGAACAUAUCUCAGGAGCUGUCACAAGAGAAAGAGGAGUUACACAACUUCAGUUUGGCUUUGUCCAGCCUGCAGCAUGGUCUCCUGCCUAGAGACUGCAGUGACGUCAUGGCGGCGGGAAAGUCCCAAAGUGGAGUCUAUUCCAUCUUUAUUGGGUCCGACAGCUUCGAGGCUUACUGCGACAUGUGGCAGGAUGGGGGAGGCUGGACCGUGAUCCAGAGGAGAAAGGACGGCUCCGUUGACUUCUUUCGGGGUUGGAACGACUAUCGAAAGGGCUUUGGAGACCUCGCCGGAGAGCACUGGCUCGGACUGCAAAACAUCCACGCUCUGACGGCCUCGGGCGCUUACCAGUUGCGGAUCGACUUGACCACAUACGACGGCCGCAAUUACUACGCUCUCUACAACAAAUUCUCGGUGGGCCAGAACUCGCUGGACCCCGAAAAGGACGGCUACCCGCUGCUUGUGAGCGGCUACUCUGGAAACGCAGGCAAUAAAUUCAACCUUUCUGGGUUUAAGUUCACCACCAAAGACCGCGACCAAGACCACAGGGGUGGCAAUUGCGCCGACGAACGGAAGGGCGCUUGGUGGUACGGCGCCUGUGCCUUCUCCAACCUGAACGGGUUGUACAAGGCAACCGGCACCUGCGACGAAACCAAUGCAGUCUGGUAUGAUUUGGGGGGAUCAGACACUAAAUGCCUGAGAUUCGUGGAGAUGAAGAUCCGGCCCAGAAAGUGAGCGGUCAGCCGGCGGAGCCUGGGAACGGCAUCCCCGUAGGUUCACAAAUGUGUGUCGGAUUUGGCCCGGGCAAAUGGGCUCAAGUGCAAUUCCGAAUUUCACCAGAAGGUUGACGCGACAAACACCUGACAAACGGUUAGUUGGAAGUUAGUUCCUCAAAAUGAAGUCUUAUUAAAAAGCAGUUCGGCGCUGUUGCAGUUCCAGAUUUCACCAGCAGACGGUGCCAAAUUUAGACUGACGUGACAUGUUAAAUCCGUCGUAAGAUUAGUCGAAGUUAUUGACUCGGGAAACACAAUCUGUUUUGAAGUACACACACACGCACACACACACACACUCACUCACUUUUGGAUCAUUUUAGGAUGUUUUGCUUUGCUAUCAUAAAAUCCCUUACAUCUGUUAACAUAAGGAGUGGCCAUAAGCAUCAACAUGUAUUCAAUAUGGAUGUUUUAGUCAUACAUGAAUGUAUUCUCACGCAAGUAAUCAUCGUUUAGUUAUGUUGUGUUGAAUAUCUUUGAAGUGUUUUAGUAGUUAAGUUGCAUUUUCUUUUCUUUUCUGGAACCAAAAUUUGGAUUUUGGGAACGAGGCCAACUGAUUACUCCACCCAUUCCAGCAAUUUAUACCCUCAGUCUCCUUUUUGUCCCCUCCCUUUACGAAGGUUGAGUUUUAUAAUCCAAAGAGGUUUGCGACGGCAUCAUUCUCGCUUGAAUGAGAAAUGGCGAGUGGAAUUGUCGUCGUUUGUGCGAACGAUUGAAAUGUGUCACUUUUUUCCCUUAUCCAUUAAACUUUCUCUUGAUAAUCCUUUGAUUUGAUGAUGUUUUUUUUCACGUAUAUUUUACGAUGUGGAGCGAAUCGGAAUUCGAACAAAAAAUUCUAUAGGUGUUUUUGUUUUUGCUUCGGUUGUCCAACAAA